AUGCUGCUUCCUCAGACACAAUCAUUUGACUUCAGCUGCCCGUCAUCGCUCGGCUUGGACUCAGAUUUCGUCGCAUUAACUUCCUCCUAUGCCAAUACCAACUUUGAGACGGACAGAAGUCAAUAUAACCGGCCAGAAUAUAGUGAGGACGACUUGAAUUGCAUUGAAAACAACUCAUAUCUACCCGGUCAGCUUGUCGCCAAUACCCAGCUUCCUUCCAAUGGUCAACUUCAACUGGCUACCAACGUUCCACUGGUCACUAAUGGUCACCUUGUUGCGAACAGUCAGCUUUUUUCUACUAGUCAAACUGAUGGACAACUUGUCAUUACCGGACAACACAUUGCUAAUAAUCAACAUGUCGCUAAUGGCCAACAUUUCACUGAUUGUCAACACAUUGCUGCCGGUCAACACAUCAAUACCAGUCAACAAAUCCUUGCCAGUCAACACGUCACUAACAUUCAACACGUCCCUAACAGUCAGGCCUUGAACAAUGACCCACUUUUGAGCACUACGGCGACCAACCCAAACCCUGUCACAUCAUCAAAGCCCAAACGCCAGCGCAAGAAACCUGUCAAGAAAGGUCUGGUCCUUCCAAACCCACCCGCUCCUCUUCCAAGCCCCCCAGCUCCCCUCCCAAACCCACCAGCCCCACCCAUUCUCCCUGAGACCAAAGCUCCAAACGACACCACCCUCGAAGAACCAGCUCUCCAUCUGAAAAAGCCGAAGCCCCCACCACGCUCACAGAGGUCUCCCCAGCUUGUUGAAAAGGCAAAGACCAAGGGGCUUGACGAGUUGAUUAAACUUGUAGCUGAAGACUCAACCUAUGUACGACUCUCGGCGGAAGAUACUGUUGAGCUGAAUGCUGCAUACAUCGAAUACCAACAAUCCAUUCCUCCAAAUGAUCGAGCACGUGAAUUGGCCCGGCUGUGGAACUUACUCGACCCUGAUACACAAGAGAAGUGGAAAGACCCUGUGUUCCUGGAAUCAAUCACGUGUGAAGCUCAAAAAGCUGGAGAAGAAACGGAAACUUUGGCUAAUGCAACCAAGCGCAAGCGUAAAGGACCCGCACCUUUUGACUCAGAUAAAUGGGCAAAUAAACUUGUGGCUGAUUUAAGGCAGCUCAGCCGAAGUUCUGGACUGGAAGGCUUUCUGGUCCUUGGCUCCCGUGGAAAGGACAAAGAUGACAUGUUUGUAGGAGGAAGUCACUUGGGCGAGAUGUUUCUUGACAUGUAUGCAACCAAGGAUGAUCCCUGUCAACUCUUUUCCGACUUAAUCAAAGGCCAGAAAGCCGUGAAGACCAUAUCUGGUACCGAACCAACUCUAGUGAUACCAAAUAAAAAGAAGAAGCCGAGGGAAAUAAUUACAAAGCACGACAAGGGAAGUAUCAAGGAGAAUACUGAGUUCAUACGUGAAAAACUUAAUAAAGCAAUUGAUACUGCUGUUCCUGGUGGCUAUGGACGUGGUUGGCCAGGCACAAACACUCAAAUAACACUCACAAAGCUGGGAUUGUCAUUACGAGUGCGGGACAACAACUUAGGUGUCACCCCAUUCCACUUCUGCAAACGGCCGGGAGAUAUGAAAGACAAACCGGGUCAGUUGGUUGUUGCAGCGUUGGAGGAAGAUUUGUUCGAACUUGUUCCUGUUUCGGUUUCCGGUUCAUCUACUAGUUCAGGAGCAAUUUCACGAACAAACGUAAACAAGAAGCGCAAACACAAUGGGAGCGGCACUCACGGCGAUGACUUGGAGGAAGAUUUUGUACUGGGUUCUGACCCAACUAUAAAUGUUAAUGAGGCUGCUGACAAGGAGAAAAGAGAUAAUGGCAGCAACAGAGAAGAGGAGGUCAUAUUGGGAGUGGAGGCUGAGUAG